AUGAUAAAAAUGUUGUCUGUCCUGGACCAACUAGCUAAGGCUUAUAAAAGGCCUGAGGUGGAAGAAGCAGUCAUAACUCAGAAACGUCUCUUAACCACACGACUCUCAGCCCAACUCCUCACCACCAUGGCCUGCUGCUCCACCAAGGGAAAUUGCAGCUCCAGCUGCUGCCAACCAAGCUGCUCCCAGUCCAGCUGCCACAAAACAGGCUGUGGUGCUGGAGGCGGCAUUGGCUGUGGCCAGACGGGUGGCUCUAGAUCCGUGAGCUGCCGUACUAGGUGGUGCCGCCCAGACUGCAGCGUGGAGGGCACCAGCCUGCCUCCCUGCUGCGUGGUGACCUGCACGCCCCCCACCUGCUGCCAGCUGCACCAUGCCCAGGCCUCCUGCUGCCGCCCAUCCUACUGUGGACAGUCCUGCUGCCGCCCCGCCUGCUGCUGCCACUGCUGUAAGCCCACCUGCUCUCAAACUACCUGCUCUCAGCCCACCUGCUCUCAAACUACCUGCUCUCAGACAACCUGCUCCCAGCCCAGCUGCUCUCAGCCCACCUGUUCUGAACCCACAUCUUCUCAGCCUACCUGCUCUCAGCCCACCUGCUCUGAACCCACCUGUUGA